AUGGACAGUUCUGCAGAGGACGCUCAGCAUCCUACUCACUGCUCUGUGUGCAGGACAGUAUCUCCACGAAUAGACUUCAAAGGCAUUAUUUUCGCUGUGAAACAAGUUCGUGCUUCCAAAGAAUCCAUUGCCUGCCAGUUACCGAACUCUGCCAAGCAAGUCUAUAGGAUACACCUAGUAUUAAAGGACCUCUUCUGUUCAACUGAAAAGAGCCCGCUGUGUUUGCACUGCUCCAAUUCCCAAAGGCAUGCCACUCACAGACACUCACCAAUGUCACAAGCUGCUGAGCAGUGCAGGGAGAAACUUCUGAUACAAAUGAAGUCUAUUUGGAAAAGCAGACAGAAAAAUCUAAACAAAGAGUACAACUUAUUUAGAGCAUGGAAGGUAAUCAGGAAAAGAGCUACAUAUGUUUCUCUACAGGAAACAUGGCCUUCAGUACAGGAUUUCACACAAUACAUCAUCAGGGAUAAGAAAUGCACUAUCUCAAGACAGAAUGCAAUGAUCACGGGGAUGGAGGGUUUUGUAAAUCUACGGAUGAUGAUGAUCAGGGCUGAAUAUCCUAAGGUAAACCACUAUCUCCAUGAGGAAAAGCAAAAACAUUUAGAGAGCCUGGCAGUGGAAGGCAAGAUAGUUUUUAAUCAACUCCAGAGAAAUGUAGCUAGAAUGCGUCACAUGGGGAAACCCCUGAGAAAAAUGUAUGAGGAACUAAAGGAAAUUUGCUGCAAAACAGAUGUGGACCUGAACCAGGUAAAGGCUAAGGAAAGAUGUCAGGGUGUUGAACACCAGACUGCUCAGAAAUCAUUUAUGUUCACUGAGGUCUAUACCCUUGGACCUCCAUUAUUUUCCUGUUUCCAAGGUCCAAUUCUGCCCUCUUUCACUUUGGGAUGUCGGGCUUUGCUCCUCCAGUAUAACCUGGAAGCUCAGGGUCACAUUCACCUUAUACAAAAAGGAAAACUAUGUAGAAAAUUCUGUGGAACAGAUCCAGAAAAAAAAAAAAAGUCCUUCUUAACUCUUCUACUGAACUUUCAGUUUCUGACAGCAACAGAGCAGCUCGUGAAUAGAUCAUUCGACUCUGUAUCUGGACUUGUCAAUAUGUGGGAAUGUGGAAUCCUGCACAUUCCCCAGCCUGUGAACCUGCAGCUGAGCUCAUGGACCAUCACAGGACUGUCCAAAAGGCUUAACAACUUCCGAGGUGGCGAGACCUCACUGUUUCCUCCAGGAGGAGAUACACCUGGAGGACCUCCCCUCAUUGCUCUAUUGGUCUUUUCAGAGAACAGGGAGGCAGGUCAAUAUGAAUACCCUUAUAACUAAUUAUAUUUUAUUGUUAAUUAACAAGUAAAAGCUAUCUGAAGUCAGUCAAAGACAAUUGAAUAUAACCAUUUUCUUAUGACAAUUUGCAGUGAGUUUAAAACCAUGAAAACAUGUGGCAUUAAAACUACAUAUUAAUUUAGCUAUUUCAAUUUGCAGAUGUUAACUAUGGUUGUAUGUAGAUGUUCAGAUUCUUAGAAGCACCCUUAGUGGUUAUUUAAAUGUUUAUUUAAGAAUUUAAUUUGAGGAAUGUAUUUGAAAAAUCUCAAGACUUAACAAAGGGGUGAAUGUAUAUUUAUAAACAAUAGGUACAACCAGAAAACAAAUGGAACAUAUGAUUUGUUGUGUGGAGGGACAGAUGGUGAGGCUGGCAGACAGGAGAAGCGGGCCUGGGAUGGGAUAAGUUGGAUUCGGGUUCCAUGAUGUAUGAGUUAGAAAUUCAGAGAGAAAAACCACUUCUAAAAAAAAAAAGGCAAAUAUGGGCUUUCAGUUUAUUUUACCUUUGCUUGUUUGCAUGUUGUGUCCCCAUGUUUGAGAAAGGUUUAUUUAAGGUCUAUUUAAGACUAAUAAAAAUAAUAAUACCGUAUUUUUAAAGUGAUCUGUAAUAUAUUUAUUACUGUUAUUAUAUUUACUUUAUUUUGCACUAGUUGGUGAAUGAGAAGACUUACGCAAGUGGAGGGCCAUAUUGGUAUUUACUUAGCAUCGAUGUGCAGGCUCCUAAAUAAACGUUUAGUGAACUAGUGAAAAUAAAGUGAACCUGACAUCCUACAUGUUUCUGUAUUCUCAAAGUUGUCUUUCCUCUAGUUCUAUGAAGAGACCUUUAUGUGCUCUGUAAAUCGGCAAGGAGUCCCUUGCUGAUGUCUCUGGAUUUCCAGUGACACACACUGUUUAGUCAUUUGUGGUAAAAUAGUGUUCUGGAGCAGUUAGUAUGGACUCUGUCAUGAAAGCUAACUGUUCCAUGUUCCAGAACUUUAUGAGGAAUUACUAAAUGGUAAGUACCUUGAACUGGCCAUAGUGGGGUGGGAGUGUUCUCAGGAAACAAAGCAAACCAGUUUUUGUUUGGUUUUAGAGAUGUGCUUGUUUGGCAUUCACCAGAAGACGACUGCACUUGUCCCCAGAACUUUUAAACUCUUCUUUGACUUCACUCUUUUCUUCUUACUGAAGUGUGUCUUACAUGGGACCAUAACAUAAGCAGUUACUGUGUGGCUCUGUUUGAAACCUGAGACAUCUGCAAUGCAGUCCUGACUAUGAACACAUGCCCCCCAGUUUCACAAGUCCAUGGUACACACUCUUGUGGGAGCUCAGACCUUCACCUCCAGCAAACAUUACUGGGAGGUAGAUGUGGGAAACUCUCGUAACUGGAUUACAGGACUUUGCAAGGAUUCCUGGAUAAAUCGCAGUGAUAUGCUGCUCAACUCUGAGGGUAUCUUUCUACUUUUGUGCAUCCAAGUGGACAACCUCUGUCACCUCUUCUCUGCCUCCCCACCAUUGUGCCACUACAUCCAAAGACCCCAGGGCUGAAUAGGGGUGUUUCUAGAUUAUGAAUGUAGUACAGUAAGCUUUGUUUACAAAAGCUCCCUUAUUUGAAAUUUCCUCUCGUGCUCCUUUUCUUGCCCUUUCAGACCUUUCAUUUGCUGUGGACCCACAUGAUCAGGAACAGUUCAUAAACCUGCCCAAGGUCUUGGGAAUUUUAAUAGCUGGGUAGUGUCCUAUCCUGGUGACUUCUCGAAUGGGGAAAAUCACUUAUACCUCAUGGACUUGAACUUCAUCUUACCUUCAGGAGAUUUAUCUAUAUUAUUUUUUAAA